AUGGAAUCAAAAAAGGAACUUUACAGAAGCAGGUUAUUUUUGGAUUAUAUUUACAAGUUUAACCAACGGAUUAAAGCACUUCAAGAAGCGGAGGAAUAUUUCCGUCAGUCAUCUAUGAUAGAAGCAAUGAAUAUACCAAUAGACCAACAUGCUGAUUAUUUUGAUCAUAAGAUAGAAGAGUUUAGUGAUAAAGUUGAACAAAUAGAUAAAGAAUUCCUAAGGGAUUUGCAACUAGAUCCACGACUGGGACUACCUCAAACAAGAAUGAAUUUAUCUGUAUUUAAACAAGAAAUUAGAAAAGAGUUUAAUUCAAAGAAAAUGGCUUUAUUUGAUGAUAUUUAUUUGGUUAUUGAGAGAAUGAUUACUCGACAUCAAGAACUACAUAAAAGUUACCAACAAGAGAUUCAACAUAUUGAAAUGGAUUUUAUUGAUGGGAAGAUCGAUGAGUUGGAGUACAUAAGUAGAGUUUUGGGUGAUUCAAGUCUAGAUGAACAAAGUGAAAUUACAGAACGUGGUGUCAGUUCUAUUUCUUUCAGAAGCGAAGACUAA